GGUAUGCUAUUGGGCCGCCACUAUAUUAGCUCCUUGGAUGGAGUAAAACUUCAGUAUCACAAAUCGGCAUGCAUGGCCAGCAGACAGGCUGUAGUAGUUCUUCAAUUUGUUUCCGUUCGUUGGAAAUCAUAAUGGACAUCGGUGGAGAACCCGAGUCGCGGAAGCGCAAGAGAACAUCUCAUGCCUGUGAUGCUUGUCGCCUUCGGAAAGUUCGAUGUGAUGGCAGGCAACCAUGUUCUACCUGUGCAUCUGCCGGUGAGGAAUGUGGUUACGGUGUUGAGGCCAUGCCCAAGAACAAAUCGGAUGUAAUUUUAGACGUUGCUUUGCGCUCGGAGAGUAUGCUUCAGAAAUUGUCUUUGCAGCUGCAAUCAAUAAUAGGAUCCAAAAUUCCCGUCGACAUACAAGGGGUUACAUCUCCCCUAGCUUUCAUCUCUCCAGCGACCAAUGAAUCCAAUCAUCAAUUGGACAGCCCAGCAGACCAUAUCUCCAACGCAAUCCUCUCUCAAUUUCACUCUUCCACCACAGAAUCAAUCCUCACUUGGCCACAUCUUCAGGACUUUCAUGCCUUACGUCAAAACUACAGCGGAUCAGUCUUCCAUCUGGAGAGCCUACGGCCACCGCUCAAGCAUCGAACAGCUGGAAUAGUACCGUAUGCGAGUAAGUCAGAGGUAGAGUGUAUUUUACAGAGUUUCGAGCGGAAUAUCAAUUUUUGGUACCCAACCCUGUCAAGAGCUACUGCCAUAAUGGUCCAGCAGCAGAUACUCUCCAAUAAUCUUGAUGAAGACAUCAGCUCCUGUUUAUCUAUAUUAGUGAUGGCACUAGGCUGUGCAAGUGAGCUUGUUCAUUCCGCGACGGUGGAUACGAUCGAAAAGUCUACAUAUUCGGAGCAGCGAGAUCGAUGGCAGCUGAUUAGUGCACUUUACUUCGAUUAUGCAUUUAAAAGAAUUCACCUAGCACAGGCAGAAUGUACCACAGAAGCAGUACAAUGUUUGUUCUUCACCGCCCUAUUCUUUGCCUUCCUUCAGCGGCCCAUACAAGCGUGGUCAUUUAUUAGCGCCACUGCGAGCAAGUGCCGUCUCCUUCUGUCUUACCAUACCUCAGAAGUUUCUACGGACUCGAUAGAAUGUCUGCGCCGAAUCUUUUGGUCAUGCUAUAUUUUGGAAAGUGACUACCUCGCAGAGCUCUCGGCUCUUCCUCAGACAGGAAUCGCUGAGAUCGAGUCCUCUAUUCCAUUGCCGGGUGAAUACCAUACUCAUGCAUCCUCAGUUGACGAAGAGAACUCGUCGCUAUAUUUUCUUGCCUGUAUUUCUAUGCGUCGACUACUCAACCGAGUUCACGAACUCCUGUACGCCAGGAAAGGAGGUGUAGCAUCCGACAUCAACCAAUUCCCAUCGGUGGUGGUGGAACUUGAUAAUCAAUUGGAGAACUGGAAGGUUCUCUUGCCACUUCCUUUUCAGUUCUCCAUGAAUAAAGAAAUUAUUCCCUCAGCAGAGGGAGGUUUUCUCCGCCAACGCUACCUAACAUGUAAAAGCGUCAUUUACCGACCAUAUCUGACGUGGGCUCUAUCAUUAACAGCACGAGGGGACUCCAUCCCACCCAUCGUCUCUGACGGAUGUACGACCUGUUUAGAUGCAUGUUGCUUACAUGCAGAGAAUUUGAGUGGUUUUCCUCAGACAGUCAUGGUGGACACGUGGAUCUGUUCACUUUCGAUGGCUUCCGUCAUGCUUAUCGUCUUAGCAAUCUCUCGAGAGGAUUCCCUUCGAAGAUGUCUCCCAUUUGGGGUUGUGGAAAUCGGACCAAAUAUCAGCAAACAUCUCACGCAGUGGAUACAAAUUCCGAUGCAGGGGCUGUCUCCCAGUGUUAUGCGAAGUAUCAAAUUAAUUGAAGACGUGAAUUCAUCUCUUCGAACAAUUUUAGAUAGUUAGAUUUACCUCCUUUAUGAUAUAAAAACGGAGAUGCAUACCCAAUGCUCCUCCUCAAAU